CUCAACGAAGGGUAAUGAUAUGCUUGACGAUUGGCGUAAUUGUGCAUCUGGAUCUAUUACUGCACAAUCCAUCUACAGGGGUAUAAUCUUUGUGUGCAGGUACAAACACCCUGACCCGUAAGGGAAGACACCAAGUAUUGCUUCCCUUCAAGUAAUCUCAGGCGAUAACACCACCGACCUUGUUUCUGGCACUGAAAACAGAGAGUUAUGACGAUAUAGCAAACACCACAAGGAUCUCGCUUCGAGAUGAGUUCGACGUGAUAUAUACGACCCAUCGCUACGAGUCCUGCGAUUUCACAAACACAUCCACCGAGAGCAAAGGCGCAGCUCUUGAUUCCGACGCUUUAUGAUACGUCCUCGUUGGAACCACCAGUCCAGCACUUUACGCGGCUCUGCUUUUGUCAAAAGGACCCUACAUCAGGAGGGCAAUCUAUAUCUAUUUCGAUUCACUUUUUCCUUGACGAGACAACAACACCGACCAUCUACCUAAUCUACCAUGGAGACACACGUCCAACGUCUCGUCGACAAGACAUGGGAAAAAUUCUCCGACUGUGACCUUUCGCAGCGUCUCCUCAUCGCCAUCGCCGGGAUCCCGGGGAGCGGCAAGACCACACUGGCCGCGUCGGUCGCCCACGGCCUGAACAAGGCCCACCGGCGCUCCCGGCACACGCAGUUCCCCAACAGCCCCGAGUCCGACACGUCGUGCCCGGACAUUGCGUUCGUGGUCCCCCUGGACGGCUACCACCUGACGCGCAAACAGCUGUCCGAGAUGCCCGACGCCGAGGAGGCCAUCUUCCGGCGGGGCGCGGCCUUCACCUUCGACGCCCGCGGCUACCUGGAGCUGGUGACGCAGGUGAGGGAACCCAUCACCCCCGAGACGCCCACCAUCUACGCGCCCAGCUUCGACCACGCGGUCAAGGACCCCGUGGCCAACGACAUCUCGAUCCCCCCCACGGCCCGCGUCGUCAUCUUCGAGGGCCUCUACACCGCCCUCGACGCCGGCGGGUGGCGGGACGCCUACGAGCUCAUGGACCAGGUCUGGUUCGUCGAGACCGACGUGGAAACGGCGACGCGGCGGGUGGCCAAGCGCAACUUCGCCGCCGGCAUCGCCGACACGUUCGAACGGAGCCUCGAGCGGACCAGGGCGAGCGACAUGCGCAACGCCCGGGACAUCCUGGGGUCGAGGCUGCCCGUCCAAGAGGUCGUCCCCAGCGUCGAGGACGAGACCUGGCGGAGCGAGGAGAUUGUUCGCGUCGACGGUCAACUUCAGGAUCAACAGGACGAAGAAGAAGAAGAAGCCAAAUUGGAAGAGUUGAAGAGACAAAAAAUGAUGAGGAUGGAUAGUAUCGCCGCUUUGGCGGCCGAUGGCGUCGGCAUGUGAAGCAAC